AUGGCCGCGCGACGCCCGGUGCUGUUCGUCCUUGCCGUGGCGGCAUGCCUUUGGCUGUUCUCCUCCAGCGGCCCGGAGGAGGCCGUCUUCGUGGCUCAGGCCCCUGCCCUGCGCGGCCAGGCAGGUGCCUUUGCUGGCAGCAGCAUCGAGCUCACGGCAGUGGAGUCGCCAGUGGUGCUGAAGGCCCUGCCGGAGCCUCGCCCCAACGAUGCCAUGCUGCCCGUCGAGCUGAACCGAACCUCCCUCUACUGGGGCUUGCUGCUGAUUUGCAUCCUCUCAGCACGGGUCGAGCUGAACCGAACCUCCCUCUACUGGGGCUUGCUGCUGAUUUGCAUCCUCUCAGUGCUCUUCUCCAGCUACUUCUUCAACUGA